AUGUCUUCUGCUUCCUGCAUCUUCUGCAAGAUCAUCAAGGGUGAUAUCCCUUCUUUCAAACUCUUUGAGAGUGACAAGGUCUUUGCCUUUCUCGAUAUCCAGCCCUUGAGCCGCGGCCAUGCUCUUGUGAUUCCCAAGUUCCACGGCGAGAAGCUCAUUGAUAUCCCUGACGAGGACCUUGUCGAAAUCCUGCCUCUGGUCAAAAAGAUUGCCAAAGCUUUUGGUGCCCAGGAUUUCAAUGUUUUGCAGAACAACGGACGUAUCGCCAACCAGGCCGUCGACCAUGUUCAUUUCCAUAUGAUCCCCAAGCCCAAUGAGAAAGAUGGUUUGACCCUUGGCUGGCCUGCACGGGCCACCGAUAUGGAAAAACUGAAGAUUCUUCAUGAAGAAAUUAAGGCCAAGAUGUGA